UUCAAUUGUGGUACGUCUGUCUGGCUACCAUGGCAUCCUGCACAAUUUCUUUUUGUAUUAUCACAAUUUUGAUUUUUACACAAUGCGUCUCUUCAGUAUAUAUACCAGAAGUGAGAGGGGGAAUCCAAGACUUUUGUGGCGAUUAUGGACAAGCCAAAUUUAAUAAGAUAUUCUGCAUCCUCUGCAAAGGAUUCGACCCAUCAUGUUUCAAGCCAACAAAAUCAACAACAACAACAACAACAACUACAACUACAACGACAUCAACAACUCAAACUCCCAGCACAACAACUGCACCUACAACGACAACGACAACAACACCCACAUCAACUACUGCAUCCGAUCAGUAAUCUAAAAAAUAUAUUCAUGUCUCGUCAUAGAAGGUUGAGCUCAGUGGCGUAGCUAUACUCGUGGCAAAAUUCUGAACUAAAAGAAAAACUCAUCAGAACAAGACGUGUCCUUCAACUUGGAGUACGCUCUCUGAUUGGGCAGCUAUUUAAACUGGGGAUUUCCUCCGUACUAGAUACACAUGUCUUUAUUCCUUAUAGGGUCCUUCUUACUCUUUAUAUUCCUUAUGGCUGUCGUGGUCAUUAUGUAAAAUUAAACAUACACAACGACACUCUUGGCAAUAUUAGUGGUUCGCCAAUGCGUUCUUCAUCAAUUAUUAACUAUAAAGUGAUUUCAUCGCAAUAUUUUGCCUUUACUGGAAAAACAAGUAUACUCAUGUGCCACCAGUAAAAUUCGAGCCUGUGACCUUUUAAUCACAGCGGACGGAUCCUCACCGCUUCUAUAGGUCUAUCCCUACAGGUUACACAUAGACAAAAUUCUAUAUGAUCUAUCCUUACAGGUUACACAGAAACUAAGUCUAUAUGGUCCAUCCUUAUAGAUGACACAGAGACAAAAGUCGCAAAAGCUCGGAUUGCCAUCAGUAUUUGUAGUUACGCCAAUGUAUUAAUUGAAAUUUUUUCGUUUCCUUUUGAGAGUUCCAGACGCGAUUACGUGUUUUUUUUAAUAUUCUUGUAUUAUCUAAAUGGCAUGUCAUUGUGUCAGUUUUUUUUUUAUUUUUGUAAAAUCUUGGUACCUAACUAAUAAAUAAAAUUUUAUUUCUUUUU